AUGGAAUUUAGCGAAAAAGCUCAACGAUCUCCGCCCACUAAUUAUUGUGAGUUGGGUCUCGACACCGAAAAGAAAAGCGAACGAAAACAACGAUGCGCCUUUAAAAUUGAAAAUUUGUUCGAUACGGUAGUCGCCUGAAUAAAUCAUUGCGGUACGAAUUGCGCGGACAUAUAUUUCAAGAAAAUUAGCAUUUUUUAGGCGUCAGAAACAUUUCUGUGUUUUUCUGCUUCAGCGUAAUCGUGAAAUCAUUGAUGACCGACUGAGAAGCAUUGGAUUAAGUGGAAUUAAAUUUUGUUACAUACUACAUUUUCAAUUAAUUUCAGAUUAAUUCUCUCCUUCCUUCUGUUUCCCCGUUUGUUGCGUUUUUAUGCAAUUCCAAAGCUCAAUUAGUUGGAGGGACUAGUUUUUGCCGGCGCGGACUAGUUUUCGCCAAAACUCGGACAUCAUCUGCUGCCAAUUUCAGACUGUUUCUCAGCGAUUUUAACAGAAAAUGUCGCUGGAAAUUGUUCAACGAAACUUGCUGGGUAUUCUGGAGGCCAUUGCCGACGCGGUCACCACUUCAACCGCCACAAAAAGGUGCUUUUUAACACAAGUAUGCUAAAACUUUAAAUUUUCUGGAAUUUUCAGGUGUCGCCUAGUUGCGGUGAGCAAACAAAGCCCGCGGAGCUCAUAGAAGCUUGCUACGCACGCGGACAACGACAUUUUGGCGAAAAUUAUGUGCAAGAGGUGGGAAAAUACAUUUUUCUCAAAAUGUUCCUGUUUCAGCUCGAAGAAAAAUCGGCAAGCUUGGCGGAAAAAUGUCCGGAAAUCAGGUGGCAUUUCAUUGGGCAAGUACAAUCGAAUAAAGUAAUUAUUACAAUGUUUUUCGAGCUAAAUGAAUUUUUUUUUGAAUUUCAGAUCGCAAAAAUCUGUAACUCGCCCGGAUUAUGGUGUGUAGAAACGGUGGAGACGGAGAAACAUGCUCAGCUUUUUAACAAAGUACAAAAUUCGAAAUUGUUGCGAAAGGGGGGCGUGGCCUCGCUGAGACUCGUUUUCAGCACUUUUUGGCUCAUUUUCAGAAUUUGUGUCAUUUUUGACGAAAAACACGGAAAAUGGGGUAAAGCUUUGAAUUUUGCGCCAAAAUUAUGAUAAGCUGUGCACGCUUGUACAAAGACUAUUUAUUUUUCUGCAGGAAUGGUCAAAACGUGGCUCGAGUCUGCUGCAAGUGUUCGUCCAGGUGAACACUUCGAACGAGGAGAAUAAAGGUGGAAUUGCGGUCGACGAGGCGCCCAAAUUGGCCGAAUUUAUUCGAGAAAAAUGCGAAAAUUUGAAGUUCGCCGGAUUUAUGACCAUCGGCUCUUUCGGUCACAGGUGAACACUGCUGUUUCGGAUAUCUCGUGUAAAUAACAAUUGCUUUUAUGUUUUUCCGUGUCGAAUCAGUCAUUUUUAACGUUACUCUAGGGCUGGGCAAUUGGCCAGCCCUUGUCCUGGACUUUUGAGCCAUUUGCGAUAGUCCUAUCGGACCCAAACUUUGCAGGCUUAUUGGACUUGGGUUGAAGUAUAUUGGGACCAAGUUACAGCCCGAUCGGAUUAUUUACGGUCGAGUUAUUGUGCUUGAGGCCGAGAAGCCCGGACCGGAUGAUCCAAUCGGGUUGAAACUCGCACCCAAUAUACUUCAAUCCAAGUCCAACAAGCCUGUAAAGUUCGGGUCCUAUCGGAAUAUCGCAAAAGGGUCAAAAGUCCAGGACAAGCGCCGGUCAAUUGCCCAGCCCUGCGUCACUCACAAUCUUUUAAAUGUCUGAUGCUUGAAAAUCGAAAAACAUUACUAUUUCAGUCAUACAACCGGACCAAACCCAGAUUUCGAUCGCCUUUUCCAAGCACGAGAACAAUGGGCGGAACUUGCAGGUUUGUGACUCAUUUUUUUAUCGAAGUCCUUGGCCAAAAUUCGAUUAAAAACGGCAUUGUUUGCAGGAGAGCCAUCAGAAUCGGUGGAAUUAUCGAUGGGAAUGUCGGACGACUUCGUGCAGGCCAUUCAGCAGGGAUCCACGUCGGUCCGCGUCGGCAGCAAACUGUUCGGAGCCAGGGAAUACAAACAAUGAAUAAUUUGUCGAUUUUUUACAUAAUCUUUGCCAUAAGAGUUUUUCUGUAUUUUUUAUCGACCUUUUCAGUAUUUUUGCUGUAGAAUACCUGUUGAUUGAAAUUUGAAUGUCGGAAUCGUAUAUUCAGAUGGAAGAAUUCCGCGCGAAUAUUCUGAAAGAAGUGCGCGAUUUGAUGCAGAAAGAGAAACAAUAUGUAGGUUUUUUGGAACGAUUGUAAUUUUUCUAGAAAAAAAAAUGAUUCAGGAAGAAGCGUCGAAGAUGUGGAACGGAAACGAGACGAAAGGAUUCGAAUUGCCGUUCGCCGGCACCAAAAACGGCGUUCCCGUGAAUUCGGGCGUCGUCGGACAGGUCCUCAUCAGCCGGGACGGCGGAUUCGAGGCCAUCAUCACCACUUACGUCGUCAAAAGUACGGGAACUUUAGGAUUUUCUGGAAGCCCCCAUUUUUUCCAUCUUGUUCAUUUUUCUGGCUCGUAACCAUCAAGCUCCGCCCACUCUCGAAUUCAAUACAUUUUGCUCGGAAUCGGACGGAAAAUCGCUUGGCGAUUACGGUUGACAACGGUAGUCCGCAAACACCACGUCGCAAGAGAAAUAGCGCAAUGAUUUAUUCGUUUUUCAAAAAAGUGCAUGCAAAAUUCCUUUCUUACCUUCAAAAAGAAAGCUGUUUUCUCAAACAUUUUGAAAUUCGGAUGAAUUCCCAAUUUCUUAAAGUCCCUUUGUUCCCAAUUUUUUCCAAGCUGAAACUUGCGCAGCCCUAGUCUCAACCGGUUGAUUGCAGACGACCUUCGUUCGAUUGUGUCGAGCUUCUCGGUCCUUCCGACCUCCUCGCUCCCACUCGCCCUCUCGGCCGGUCUCUCUUCGCUUCUCGUCUCGGUCACUUCCACUCUCACUCUCAAUCACAUUCUCAUGCUCUCCGAGCUCCGCGAUCGCAUUGUGGCUCCGUUGAAGACGUCGGACGUGGCACGACUCUCACAGGCAUCCAAGUGCAUCCGAAGCACCGUCACCACCGGAGACGUCGACAGAACGUUCUGGAAGAAACACCUCAGAAAGUAAAGUUACCUGACAUUGGUCCGUAUCAGCUCCAAAAUAGCAGAUUUUUACAAUAUUUCCUCAAGUUUUAUCGAUUGUUUCCGAUGUUUUCUCGAGGUUCACACGGUUAAAAAUGUUGUUCGAUGGUCAAUUUGGUUUCUUUCCAUUGGUCACGAACAAGAAAGAAAUGGACAAUCGGAAAACGUUUUUGACGGUGUUAAGAAAAUUAGAUUUGUCUCGAAAAUUGUAAGAAUCUGUGCUUUCGAGGUUGAUACAGACCAAAGAGUAGGCACAUUUAUAAAUUUUCUCCUCUUCUAGAGAGUUCGGAGCGGAAAAGGUGCAAGAAACGGUGGCGAAAGGACGCACAUUCCACGGCGUUUAUUGCGAGACGAAAAAAGCGAACAUUCGCAUUGCCCAAGGUCUGAAAAGCGGGAAAAUUCCAGAAAAACGCAUGUUUCACUUAUUUGCAGACCGUGCCGCCCAUCACAAUCCGCUGCUCAUCGGCGUCUACGAUCCACUGCGUGCGGAUCCGCUCCGUGUUCCCGACCGGGGACCUUUGCGUCCAGCCUUCAAUCCACCGGAUCCGGAUGCCGGCAUCUACAUUCCAUUCGGUCCGGAUCCGCCGUUCAUGGGCGGUCUCCGCCAGCCGCGCGGUCCCGACUUCCCCGACAUGUUCGCCGGCCAGAACCAUCCGGACUUGAAUCCGACGGGAAUGUGGCCACGUGGCGGUCCCGGCAGCAACCAGGGACGUCCGUUCAUGAGAGGACCGCCCGGUGGCGGAGGAUUCGGCGGCGGAUUUAUUUGA